AUGGAUGAUGUUCACCUUGGGGAAGACCUAGAUGAUAAUGGCAGAGAGUUCACCUGGGAGGUAAAAGCCAAUGACAGGACCUACCACAAGCAGUUCAAGAAGAAGGGCUUCCUGUGCUGGAGGCAGAAGAAGUACAAGACCAACGCCAUCCACACAGCCAAAUACAACUUCUUCUCCUUCCUGCCUCUGAACCUGUUCGAGCAGUUCCGUCGCGUGUCCAAUCUCUACUUCCUUUUCAUCAUCAUCCUGCAGAGCAUCCCUGAGGUCUCCACGCUGCCCUGGUUCACGCUUUUUGCACCUCUGGUCUGCCUGCUUAUGAUCCGGGCCACCCGUGACCUCGUGGAUGACAUCGGUCGGCACAGGAGCGAUAAGAUCAUCAACAAUAGGCCCUGUCAGAUCCUGAAGGGGAAGAGCUUCCUCUGGAAGAAAUGGAAGAAUCUGUGUGUGGGGGAUGUGGUGUGUCUCAGCAAAGACAGCAUCGUCCCGGCCGACUUGCUGCUGCUGGCCAGCACGGAGCCCAGUAGCCUGUGCUAUGUGGAAACUGCGGACAUCGACGGGGAGACCAACCUGAAGUUCAGACAGGCUCUGACAGUCACACACCAUGAACUUACUAGCCCGAAGAAAAUGGCUUCCUUCCAUGGUACAGUGACUUGCGAGGAACCCAACAGCCGGAUGCAUCACUUUGUGGGGAGCCUGGAAUGGAACAACAGGAAGUACCCACUGGACAUCGGGAACCUCCUCCUGCGUGGCUGCAAGAUCCGCAACACAGACACCUGCUAUGGACUGGUCGUCUAUGCUGGCUUAGAUACAAAGAUCAUGAAAAAUUGUGGGAAGAUUCACCUGAAGAGGACCAAGCUGGACCUGCUGAUGAACAAGCUUGUGGUUAUGAUCUUCAUGUCUCUGGUGAUGGUGUCCCUGUUGCUAACAUGUGGCUUCAACUUCAUGGUGAAAGAAAUCAAAUCCAAACACUUCUACUUGUCGAUACUGUACGUGCGCUCGGAGGCCAUGGAGUCUUUCUUCAUUUUCUGGGGCUUCCUCAUCUUGCUCAGCGUUAUGGUGCCCAUGGCCAUGUUCAUCAUCGCCGAGUUCAUCUACUUAGGCAACAGCUUCUUCAUCAACUGGGACGUGAGCAUGUACUACGAGCCCCUGGACAUGCCGGCCAAGGCCCGCAGCACCAGCCUCAACGACCAGCUGGGCCAGGUGCAGUACAUCUUCUCAGACAAGACCGGUACCCUGACGCAGAACAUCAUGACCUUCAAAAAGUGCUGUAUCAAUGGCUGCAUCUAUGAUUCAGAUGAUGAACACGGGACACUCCGGAAGCUGAACCCAUAUGCCUGGAACCGAUUUGCUGAUGGCAAAUUCCAGUUUUACAAUGAGGAGCUGGAAUACAUUGUGCGAAGUCAGGAGGACAAACUAGUGCGAGAGUUCUGGCGCCUGCUGGCCCUCUGCCACACCGUCAUGGUACAGGAGAAAGACAACCAGCUGUUGUACCAGGCCGCCUCCCCUGAUGAGGAGGCACUGGUCACCGCUGCCCGGAACUUUGGCUACGUGUUUCUGUCCCGGACCCAGGACACCAUCACCCUGGUGGAGCUGGGGGAGGAGCGGGUCUACCAGGUUCUAGCCAUGAUGGAUUUCAAUAGCGUUCGCAAACGGAUGUCCAUAUUGGUCCGGAAGCCAGAGGGGUCCAUCUGCCUCUACACCAAGGGUGCUGACACAGUAAUUUUGGAGCGUCUUCGUAAGAAGGGUCCCAUAGAGACCACCACAGAGGAAGUCUUGGCUGCCUUUGCAGAGCAGACCCUGCGCACCCUGUGCUUGGCCUACAAGGAGGUGUCGGAGGACGCCUACAAAGUCUGGGAACCGGAGCACCGGGAGGCCGCCCUCCUGCUGCAGAACCGCGCGCAGGCCCUGCACCAGGUGUAUAAUAAGAUGGAACAGAACCUCCAGCUGCUGGGCGCCACGGCCAUUGAAGACAAACUGCAGGACGGCGUUCCUGAGACCAUCAAAUGCCUCAAGAAGGGGAACAUUAAAAUAUGGGUGCUGACCGGGGACAAGCCAGAGACAGCGGUGAACAUCGGCUUCGCGUGCCAGCUGCUGUCGGAGAACAUGUUAAUUCUGGAAGAUAAGGACAUCAAUCUUUUACUGGAGAACUACUGUAACGGAAUAGACCAACAGAGAGAGUUCAAGGUGAUGAUUCACCACAACGUAGCCUUGGUCAUCAACGGAGAAUUCUUGGACCAGCUGCUUCUGUCCUUGCGCAAGGAGCCCCGAGCCCUGGUCCAGAACGCAGUUGUGGAUGAGGUCACCGAGGAGCAGGGUAUGUCCGCCAUGGACUUUCUCCAGGCGCGGAGGAUCUCACAGUUUUGGAAAAACUUUGGGCCCUCCCGGGGACCGUCCCAAUCAGCCGCCAGCAAGAUCCACGAGAGCCCGGAGGUGCGACGGGAGAGAGCCUUUGUAGACCUGGCUUCCCGGUGCCAAGCUGUCAUCUGCUGCAGGGUGACCCCCAAGCAGAAGGCCCUGGUGGUGGCAUUGGUGAAGAAAUACCAGCAGGUGGUGACGCUGGCCAUCGGGGAUGGAGCCAACGACGUGAACAUGAUCAAGACUGCGGACAUCGGCGUGGGGCUGGCGGGUCAGGAGGGCAUGCAGGCCGUACAGAACAGCGACUACGUGCUGGCCCAGUUCUGCUACCUGCAGCGGCUGCUCCUUGUGCACGGGCGCUGGUCCUACAUGCGCAUCUGCAAGUUCCUGCGUUACUUCUUCUACAAGACGGUGGCCAGCAUGAUGGCCCAGAUAUGGUUUUCCCUAUUCAACGGCUUCUCCGCGCAGCCCCUGUAUGAAGGCUGGUUCCUGGCUCUCUUUAACCUGCUGUACUCCACACUCCCAGUCCUGUACAUUGGUCUCUUUGAGCAGGACGUGACUGCUGAGAAGAGCCUAAAGAUGCCUGAGUUGUACGUGGCCGGCCAGAAAGAAGAGCUGUUCAACUACGGCAUCUUCCUGCAAGCUAUCGGCCACGGCAUCCUCACAUCCCUCAUCAACUUCUUCAUAACGCUUUUGGCCUGUCACGACAUGUCCAAGUUUGGCAGCUCGAGCGACUACCAGUCCUUUGGGGUACUGGUGGCAUUAUCUGGCCUGUUGUCCAUCACCCUAGAGGUCACUCUUAUUAUUAAGUACUGGACGUUGCUGUGCGUGGGCAGCAUUGUGCUCAGUCUCGGCUCGUACGUCCUCAUGACAAGUCUCACUCAGAGCCUGUGGCUGUACAGGAUCUCGCCAAAGACCUUCCCAUUCCUCUUUGCUGACUACAAUGUGUUCAGCCAGCCCUACAGCCUGCUGGUAAUCCUGCUCAAUGUGACCCUGAACACGCUGCCCAUCCUGGCCUGCCGCACAAUCCAUAGAACUGUCGUCUUGAAACUGCGCCCCAAGAAGGAAGAGGAGGUCCCAAGCGAAGAAGUGGCCAUUGAGCCAGCCAUGAGGCAUCUUCGUCGCGGGAUCCCAGCUCGCCGGUCCAGCUAUGCCUUCUCCCACCGCGAGGGCUACGCGAGUCUUAUUACCCAGGGCACCAUCCUUCGCAGGCCGACUGGGGAGCUGGACGGAGGCGACAGAGGUGGCGAGUCCCAGAACGAAUCUGAGGAAGACUUACCCUCGCUGCGCAAGGAGUCGCUGUUUAACCCACGGAGGAUCUCAUUCUUGGCCAAGAAGAGACUUCAGCACUUUGGGAGGGGGUCCCAGGAGGAAGUCCACAAUGUGGGCACUCAGACAGUGGAGGACCAGACCACUCUUCACUUGGACAGCUAUGCUCCCGGCAUUAAGAAGGCCCCUGCCAGCACAAGUACCACCUUGGGGUCACUUCAGGUGUCCUCUUCUGAAGAUCAGACCUUCCACACCGUGCCGUCCCACUACACGCUGGUGAGCCAGCCGGAACACUUGGACUUUAGGUCCUUGUCUUUGAGGGGUCCCCCCUGGAAGGGUUCCGUCUCUCCCAGCCGCCUAGAAGUCCCCACGAACCACUAGAGCCACAGCUUUAGUGAGCUAGAGGCCCCAGCGCGGCGCUGGGAGGUCCCCAGUCAUCCAGGACAGUAGAGAAGCCACCUGGAGGUGAGCAGAGAGGCCUGAGGUGGAGCC